GGACAACGAAGAAAUUCGUUCACUAAAUGUCUUCCAUACAGUAUAAUUUUCAUAGGAAGUGGUAAUUCUGUUUCGUCAAAUGUGCACGUCCCUUCCCACACUCUUAACCCAGUACCAGUUUUACCACAGCAAAUUCCCAUCAAAACGCGUCUUAGUAUGACAAUUGACGUACCUCAAGUAGUGGAAGACGAUCUUGGCAUAAAAAUGAACAAAAAAGAAAACAGCGACAAUGCAGAUUUAAACGAAUUGGAGGAUGCUGUACAGCAAUUACAUCCCAUAACGAACAAGUAUGGACUCGACCAAAAGUUUAGAAAACCAAGUACGGCUCCUUCUGUUUCGGAUGCAAGAAAACCUUCUUCUGGGCAAUUAAUUGCAGCUAUGCAUCAAGAGCUUGAACAGCUCACUGAAGCGUGCAACGAAGCAAAGGCGCAAUUGGACAAGGAGCGUAAACGAAGAGAGCAGUUGCAAAAGAAAAAGAAUGAUUUGCUCGAUCGUUUACAACUCAUCCAAACACAACACGCGCGUGUUCUUAAUUCAUUCCACCGGAAAGAGCGAAACGAAGCAAAGGAAACCGAGAUACUUGAAGACUACAAAGUGAACCUUCACUCACUUAUCAUCCAAGAGGCGCGAGCAAAGUUGGACAUCAAGACGAUGCAGGAAGAAAUUAUUGAGGCGGUUGCAGAAACGAAAGUUUUACAGCAACAACAGCAAGUCUUGGACGCAGAGUAUGACCGUUUGUCUGAAGCUAAAAUGAAUGGCGAUGAAGAGCUUGAAAAGGAAAUACAAAAACUUGGACGAGCUCUCACAGGAAUCCAAGAACUUGCUGUCAAGCAAUGCGGCAUUGCACGUCAAGCUCAAAGACCUCUCAAGGGCUGCAAAUCCCAGGUUAACGCUGAACAAGAAAACAUUCAACGCGUGCUAAGUAAGGCUGGUGAUGACGCUACUCGGUUUUCCGAGUAUGCUCAAGAGUACUUAGAGCGACUUGAGAAUGCUUUGCAGUCGAAAACCGCCGAUGUUGCGAAGUACAAGCAGCUAAUUGAAAACAUUAUCCAAGAGGCUGCACUUGAACUUGAUGAUCUCAGCCUGGAGGAAGAAGAAGAGGAAGAAGAAGAAGAAGAAGAAGAAGAAGAGAAGAACGACACUGAAAAUGACAAUGCUGACGAAGAAAAAGAUAAUGAAGUAGAUGAAAUCAUUCCACUGAACAUUGAACUAGACGAUGAGUCUGACUCUUAAAAAAAAUCGUCAUAUCAAAACUGGUUUACGCAACGCUUCACAUGUCAUACUUCCAUACACACGCACACUCAUACACAAGCAGCCACGGUUCCGUCGUCUUGUUUCCUCAACUCUACAAUGUCUAUAACGAAUGCGUUCAUGACUAUUGUGCAAAUAAAAGAAGAAUUAGGAUACCCCCAACUCAUAUAUUUUCCGUUUGCUGACAUUCCUUUACACUCUCCAACGUUUCGUUUUACCUUUUAUUUAUAUUAGAAGCUCACAGACUCGACAAUUCAUUCAUAGUCUCUACGAUAAGAUGUAAAUUUUCAAAAAAUGUGUUCAUGGUAACACGGG